AUGUCCAGUCCACCAGAGCAGCAUUCUGGCCAAGGCAAGACAAGUGAUCGAGCAUCAAGUGGCAAGAUGGCCCCCAAUGCAACCAAUGCCGUCAGCUUCUUUAACUCCACCGCCUUCGACACUCGUGUCAAUGCAUUGAUCAACGAAUGGCACGUCCCAGGGCUUUCCUUGACUCUCGUCCACCAGCAAGAACUACACUCCAAGGCAUUCGGUUUUGCUACGCUCGAGCCGCCCAGAAACUGUACUCCAGAUACUCUAUUCGACAUUGCUUCUGCCUCGAAGAGCACAACAGCUGGAGCCGUGGCCCUUCUUGUCGACGACGAGGAGAACUAUCCUCACGUGCAAUGGGACACGACCAUGUCCAAACUCUUGCCUGACGACUUCGUCAUGGCCGGCGAUAGCUACACCAACAAUGUCACAGUAGAGGAUGUUCUUUCCCACAGAUCUGGACUACCAUCCCACGACGAUUUCUACUUCAGCAAGCGAUCUUCUCAUCCAGACGAUCCCCGGACUGUCACAAGGAAUUUGAGGAAUCUUCCAAUUAGCGUUCCAAUCCGCACUAAAGAACAAUACAACAACUCGCUAUACACGGUCGCUAGCUACCUGGUAGAGAAGCUGUCAAACAAGUCAUUCGAAGAGUUCCUGCAUGAGCGCAUCUGGAAACCACUGGGCAUGUCAUCAACAAACCUACAGCCAGACAAAACCAGAGAGGUCGGUCUCGGGGAUAGGAUGUCGAAGCCGUAUAUAUGGAAGGAGGAGAGUCGGAGAUUCCAAGUUUUGGAGUAUGAGCAGACUCCAGAGGCACAAGGUGCUGGAUCUGUGUGGACUUCAAGCAAAGACUACGCACUGUGGGUAAAAGCAAUCAUGAACAAGGAAGCGCCAAUCAACGACGAAAUAUACAAAGGACUGACUAGGCCUCGGAUUUUCUCCAACCCUGAGGAUGACGAUCUAGAUCCAUUCUGCUCGUGGCAAGGCUACGCUGCUGGUCUCGAAUCGUAUUUCUACCGUGGACAUCAGAUUAUACAGCACGACGGUCUCAUCUCAGGCUUCAGUUCGGUCCAUUUCUUCUUCCCAGAGUUCAAAGUCGGGGGCGUCUUUUUGGGCAAUUCUGAGAACGCCGGCACCGUCGGGUCGGGCAUUCUGGUGAAGGAAAUUAUCGACGAAAUUCUUGAGAUCCCCGAGUCCGACCGGACUGACUGGAACGCCCGCCAACACAAGCAGAACGAUGAAUACGAAGAGAGCAAGAAAGAGUCCCAGGAGAAGCUUCGAAAAGAAUUAUCGGCCAACGAUGAUGGCCUUGCAGAACCUCUCAAACUUCCACUCGAUGUGUACGUUGGCGAGUACUGGAACAUUGGCUACAAGGAGAUGGUCGUCCAGAUCAAAGACGAACGUUUGUACAUCGACGCAAGCGACAGGACCAUGGCUUUUGCUCUCGACUUGGAGCACAUCUCCAACAACACAUACUUCCUGGGCACGAUAUACGAUAUGUUGGCUGACGGCGAAGAAGUUGAUAAGAUCAAGGUUGAGUUCCGGUUCGAUGCCAACAACAGGCCUGUAAGGAUGGGCAUUGAUCAGGAGGCGAGUCUUGAUGGUCAGCUCAUUUUGUAUGAUCGAGUCGAGGAAUCUUCGGGACAGGGGCAGCAGAAGGUCGUUGUUCGAUGA